AUGCUGGCUAUGGGCGAUUGGAGGACAAACAUGCCAGAGUCAGGAACCAGAAUAAUUUCUCGGUAUAACUCUGAACCCAGAAUAUCAUCUCCAAGCUUUCUGCAGUCUACACUCAACAUAGGCAAAUCCUCUCAAGAUUCAGAUUUCUGCAAUGAGGACAAUGUAGAACAAUGUGUAGCAUAUCUUGAUCAGGAGUUGAAGACUCUGGGAUUUCCGUCCUUGCAAACCAUAUCUAAGAAUGGCAGCGGGAGAAGGUUACAUGUGGUGUCAAUAUUAAACUGCAUCCAUGAGCUGCUUCAGCGUCACACAAGAGAUCUGCGGAGGAGAGAAGAUGUGGAAACACAAGUUCUAAAAAUAAAUAGUGACUUUGAGUAUUUGCAGAAUAAUCACAGCAAACUUAAGGAUCAGCUUGAAGUGAUUAAACGAGAGAACGCUGCUCUUUUGGAAAAAGAACGACAGCAGCAGUGCAAAAAUAACAACCUCCUGCAGCUGCUGAAGAAUGAGAAAGAGGAGGUUCAGAAAUUACAGAACAUCAUUACCAGCCGCUCCCACACAGCACAACCACAACAUGAAGAGGAAGGAGAGAGAGUACAACAAGCUGAAGGAACGGUUGUACCAGCUAGUAAUGGACAAGAAAGACAAAAAAAUCUCCAUCGAUGUGCUGAAUUAUGUGGGCCGAGCUGACGGUAAAAGGAUGGCUUGGAGAACAAGUAAAACAGAUGCCAAAAAUGAAGAGGAGAUGUACAAAGUUCUGCUGAGUGAUUAUGAACAGCGGCAGAAGCAGCUGAUGCUGGAGAAUGCAGAACUGAAGAAAGUACUGCAGCAAAUGAAGAAAGAAAUGAUCUCUAUCCUUAGCCCACAGAAACCGAGUGCUAAGCACAAAUUGGAUGAUAGUCUGGGACCGGCUCUUUCCGAUAAUGAGGAAGAUCCAGCAGACUCUAGUAAAGAGCACCUGUCAGAAUUAUCAUGUGAGGCAGCCAGAGAACAGCUGGUCAAUAGCAUUCGUCAGCAAUGGCGGAUACUUAAAAGCCACGUGGAAAAGUUGGACAGCCAAGCUGCCCAAAAACGCGUGGCAUCACCAGACCGUAAGGGAUUGAUUUCCAGGGAAGAGCAUGAGAAAGAGAUGGAACAACUGAAAAAUGAAAUCCGAGAGUGCAGGGAAACCAUCAAGAACCAGCAGCAUCUUUUGCAGCAGCAAAUCAUUGUAGGAAAUGAUGAUACAUCUGCCAUCCUCCAGGACUGCUACCUCCUUGAAGAUCAGGAGCGUCUCCAGGAAGAAUGGAGAUUAUUUCAUGAGCAAAAAAAGAACUUUGAAAAAGAGAGAAGGAAUUUCACUGAAGCUGCCAUCCGCCUGGGACACGAGAGAAAAGUGUUUGAAGAGGACAGAGCAAUGUGGUUAAAACAUCAGUUCCUAAACAUGUCCUUGUUUUGCGAUCGCAAAAGUGCUGAGUACUGCCAACCUCAAAGUGCCUUUUCAAGCCAUGAGCAGGAAUCCCAUAUAAUCCAGACAAAGUCACCUCAAUCCAAACUCCGUAUGACCUCUCCAGACGAUGUCACAAGAAGCAUCGGAAAGUCACUGCCCAUCACCUCUCAUACCAACCAGCAACCUCUUCAUAGAUACAGCACUUCAAGAACAGAUUCAAACAGCAGUGAUCUGUGA